AUGUCUCCGAGUAUCAAAAACACUGGCUUCUCUCGUGUCGCCACUGAAAGCCCAUCUGAAAAAUCCGUGGCCAACGAACCCUCUACCCCCUCCACCUCGGAAAAGGGAGACCUGUACGCCACUUCCCCGGGAAUACUUUAUCCUGUCCAUUCUCUCAAAACUUUUUUGUUUGCAGUUUUGGCAUCUUGCACCCUCCUGUUCUGGCUGCUCACUGCUUGUUUGCCGGCUAUCGACGGGCGAUCUACCGAAAAUUUACCCUCAACGGCUGUCCUGGUCAAAGGCGCAGAGCCCUUAAAGGCUGUCCCGGUCAAAGGUGCAGAGCCCUUAAAGGCUGUCCCGGUCAAAGAUGCAAAGCCCUUAAAGGCUGACCUGGCCAAAGCUGCAGAGCCCUUAAAGGCUGUCCUGGCCAAAGCUGCACAGCCCUUAAAGGCUGUCCUGGUCAAAGAUGCAGAGCCAGCACCUGCCCAAGCGGCAUCGCCCUCUGGACUUCUUGAAGUCUUCCAGGUCUAUCAACCCGUACUCACCCCACGCGGAGUCACGGACGAAACAAUUGCGGAAAAUGGAUCAUCAAACACAACCGCCAUUGCCCCGAUCGAAGUCACCGGCAGCUGCCAGGCCCUUCUAAUGGAGCAUUCGUUUGCCUUCUCUUACGGCCUACCGUUCGUCGGCAACUACACACCCCCUGAGUGCAAGUUCAACCGGGUGACCAUGAACUUCACCGUCACCUCCAGAGGCCGCCAAUUCGACAGAAUCGCGCUCAUGUACUUUGGGGAUACCGAGGUUUGGAGAACCUCCACUGCCGAACCGAGCGCCACUGGCAUCCGGUGGGAGUAUAUCAAAGACAUGUCGCACUACCUGUACUUCUGGAACUCGCCCCAGACCCUCAUCUUCGAUCUCGGAAACUUGAUAGACAGUACAUACACGGCACCCUUCAACACCACGCUCACUGCCACCUUUUUCAUGGACCAGGAAACGGAUGAGCCAGCGUCGCUGAUCAUCCCCAUCUCGACAAGAAGGGGAGCUGACAAGGCCGCGAGUGUGUUCACUCUGCCCGCCGACAACGCGACUACCACUGUCAGCCUCCCACGAAAUGCCAAUCGAGCUGUCUUCUCGGUCUCCGCGUGUGGACAAAUGACCGAGGAGUUCUGGUGGAGCAAUGUGUUACAAUCGGUUGUCGACACUUUUGGGCCCGAUGUCGGAACCCUCUAUGGCUACUCUCCAUUUCGCGAAGUCCAAGUUCUUAUCGACGGGCAACUCGCUGGUGUACACUGGCCGUUCCCUGUGAUAUUUACCGGUGGUAUCAACCCGGGUCUGUGGCGGCCUAUCGUUGGCAUCGAUGCGUUCGAUCUCAGGGAGCAUGAGAUUGACAUCACCCCAUGGCUACCCAUACUCUCCGACGGAGCGGAACAUAGCUUCGAGAUCCGAGUCGUCGGCAUUGUCGAUGAUGGAAAGAGUUCCGGAACGCUCACACAGACAGUCGGGAGCAGCUGGCUAGUGACCGGGAAGAUUUUCUUGUGGCUUGACGAAGACCCGAAUUCCAUCACGGCCGGAGAGGCACCUAAAGUACUCCUGCCAGAACCGACCAUCGAGCUCUCCCAUUCGGUAAAGCAAAACUCUACUGGAGCAAACGAGACUUUGACCUACAACGUCAAUGUCAAGCGAUCGCUGUCCGUUUCAUCGGUGGUGACCACACAGAGCGGACGCUUCGUCUCCACUUGGACACAAUCCCUCUCGGUCACCAACUAUGGGGGGCUCAUCGACUUCGGGGCCAUGCAGCUGAACAACCAGACGACCACGGGGAACGACGCAUCGCUCGGUGCCGGUGGUACCCAAUACAAGUCCUCUUACACUUACCCGCUGUACGCCAACAGCACUUACAGCGUCCAGCCCAGCGGCAACUUCACCAUCGAGGCCGACCUCCAGCAGGGCCUCGAUCUCGCCGUGCAGGGCAAGUCUGUCUUCCCCACCGGCCUUCAGCCCUUCGCUCGAUUGCCCGAAUCCGCAUCCCUCGUGUCGUCGGCGCUGUCAGGAACGUUCUUGAGCACGAGACUGAAAGGGAUUGCGCAGUACUUCGGAUCCCCGGCGGCGGGCGUGAGCAGGAGCUCCGGCAGGACGAGUCAGGAAUUUAGCUUCACGGGUACCUCUCUGAGCGAAGGGACGGCGGACAGCGAACUCUACUACAGGAAUGUCGAUGCCGUGAACGCCACUGUGGUACGAGAUUACGAGAGCCUGGUUAGAGUCGAGAUCGGUAGUUAUGAGAGACCUGAGGACGAUGUUGCGAACGCCCAGAUGGUGAAGGGUGUGGUGAGCCCGAAGGCGGCCUUGGGUAGAGGUUUUGGUGAGCAUAAGGAGUUGCUUGUGCAGACUAAUGUGUGA